AGGAGGUAACUUAGUGGAAAGUGGAACAAAGUGGAAAGAAACAAGCUUUCAUAGUAAUGGCGUUCUUACUCACCGUCGCGGUGCUGCUCGCGGCGUGCUCUCUCUCCGGCACUCGAUCGCCCAUCCUAGAGGCGAGCGUGGAAGAAAUCCAGCAGGCCUUCCGGUCCGGGAGCCUCACCUCGCGCGAGCUCGUCGGUUUCUACCUGGAUCGAAUCGCCCACCUCAAUCCCACGCUCAACGCAGUCAUCCAGCUCAACCCCGACGCUCUUGCCCUGGCCGAUGAGGCAGACGCACAGAGGCGGCAAAGCAGCGCAGUUGCUCAGGGGCUCCAUGGAAUCCCAGUGCUGCUCAAGGACUCCAUCGCCACUGCCGAUAGGAUGGGCACCACUGCGGGCUCUCUGGCCUUACUGGGCUCCAAAGUUCCUCGGGACGCUGGCAUUGUGGCCAGGCUCCGGAGGGCCGGAGCGAUCAUUCUUGGCAAGACCAACCUCAGCGAAUGGAUGAACUUUCGAUCCACAAACUCCACCAGCGGCUGGAGUGCGCUUGGCGGUCAGACAAAGAAUCCUUACAAUCUGGACGAAAGCCCGUGCGGAUCCAGCAGUGGCUCCGCGGUGGCGGUAGCUGCCAACAUGGUUUCGGUCUCGGUAGGGACCGAGACGGAUGGAUCGAUCCUCUGCCCCUCAAGCGUGAAUGCGGUGGUGGGAAUCAAGCCCACGGUCGGCCUCACAAGCCGAGCUGGCGCCAUCCCAAUCUCGCACACCCAGGAUACGGUCGGGCCGAUUUGCCGGAGCGUGGCGGAUGCCGUGGCGGUGCUGGACGCCAUAGCCGGAGCCGACCCGAGAGACCGGCAAACUCUAUUCAUUUCUAAAUACAUUCCUCGGGGAGGAUACAAGCAGUUCUUGAGGCGGAAUGGGCUUCGCGGUAAGCGGCUUGGCAUUGCUCGCGUUCCUUUCUUUCAAGGAAUCCGGGAGGACACGAUUGCCGCCGUAGAGAAGAUGAUCUCAAUCGCCAAAUCUCGUGGAGCGGUGAUUGUCGAGAACUUGACGCUCCCGCACGCAGAUGAGACCCUCUCGGGCGUGAGCGAGGAUCUGGUUCUUCUUACGAAUUUCAAGGUGGAGCUCAACCAGUACCUUGCUCAGCUCGUCAAGAGCCAGGUCCGGAGCCUCGAGGACGUGAUCAAGUUCAACAUCCAGCACGCUGACAAGGAGAUGAAGCUCUUUGGCCAAGAAACGUUCCUCGAGUCACAGGCAACCAAAGGCACGCAUUCAAAGGACUACAAGGAGGCCGUCAAACGAAAUCAGUUCCUCACAAAGCACGGGAUUGAUCAUCUUUUUGAGACGCACAAGCUGGAUGCGCUGAUCGGAGCAAUGCCAUCUCUCAUGACUGCUCCUGCGGCGAUUGCUGGCUAUCCUGCCAUCACCAUUCCUGCGGGAUACGUCUCCUCCACGGGCGUUCCAUUUGGAAUUGGAAUUCUGGGAAGCAAAGGCUCUGAACCAACUCUUAUAGAGAUUGCUUUUGACUUGGAGCAGGCAACCCUUGUCCGGAAACCUCCACCUUCGAUGUAAAUAGUUCGUGGAUUUCAUGCUGUGUAGAACUUCAAUGCUGGAGUUUACGGGAUAGAAUGUUUCUAAGCAAGGAUGAUAUAUACAACGUGGUUUUCACGAUCAAGUUCCGUCACUAA